CUGACCAAUUAUAUGGCUGGUCUACUAUAGAUAAGACUGCACACCAGGCGAGACGCACAGCUCUUGUGCCAAUCUCGUACGCAAGUGUAUCUGCGUGAUGGACUUCUCACAUUUGGCUCCUAGGGUAUUGACAUCUCUUCGACCAUUUUCUGCAUCGCACAGAACAAAUUAUCCGAGCCCGCCACCUUGUGAAGUUUUUGACAAACAACUCCGAAACUUCAAGAGGACUCGAAAAUCACGAGUUUCUCAGAAAAGAAAAACAUUUCUCAUCAUCUCUCUUUGAUAACGCGAUUUCUGACAUAACUCAACCAUCUGGUCUUACCAGUUCACCAAGGUCAAGAUCGAAGACAGCACCAUUAGAGAAGACCUGCCAAUAUCAUAUUCCUUGCAUCGAGCCUCUGCCAUAAGUACUUUCAUGGAUCCCAUUGACUUGGACCUAGACCUGAUAGAGCUGUCGGUGCAGCUCUGGCACAUGUAUAAGAACGCCAAAAAUCUUAUUCCGUACAAGUCUCGAAUGGAGAAUCUUGUGUGGAGAAUGAUGUAUGUCAAAAACAAAAGACUUCAGCAAGAGAAAAUCAACAUUCGCACGAGCCAUGACCUCGACUCAUUUUCCUCCAACACGUUACUAGGACAUAUUGGCUAUGAAGAAGCACCUUCUUCCCAGGAUGCUCGAAAGGAUGAUUUCGAUUAUGUUGCACAUAUCCGCCGCAUGAGUAACACUCAACAGUCUCGAAAGCGCCCAGCUCCCAUGCUGCCAUUUUUAUCUGCUCUGCAAGGCUCAGGUUUACCAGAAGCAACACACAACCAGCUACAUUCCAAUCUCUCUGCUGCUUUAAAAAGUACUGCAGUUCAACCCACAGCUUUAGGUGAGACCAACAAUAGCUUCGCCUUCCUUCUGGACCCUUCUGUAUUCGAAGAAGCCACGAACCAGGAGAACAUAGAGGAUAUAAGCAAACUGUUCCAAUUUUCCGGACCUCCAAAAACGUUUGAUAUAGAAUCAACUCAUGAGCCAGCAUCGUCCCACGCAAACAGACCAGCAUUUCCUCACUCAUUGUCUGCCAGACCUGCCGAUUUUCUAACAAACGGUUUUCACAUGCCUGAUAUCCAGGCUUCGCUGCCCUUUCAACAAACACCUGAGCCUGAACUAUCCAAUGUGGAUCCUAAUCUCUUUAACAGAUCUUCAAGCACACUGGGAAUAAUGUCAUCGGCCCCACAGGCUAUAAGCUUUCCGCUGACGCAAUCUCGAUUCCCUCCGUCGAAGAGACAAACGCCUCUGCUGCUGUAUGAACCUUCGACUUUCAUGUACCACGGAGGGUCGAACUCUUUCCUGGCACCUAUGAAAAGACAAGAUAACUCAUUGGUAAGUGUUGCGGAUCAUUUUGCAGCUCCUCUGAGGCCUUUUACGCCAUACGAUGAUGAAAUUGGCUCAAUUCCUGACUCGAUGAAUUUGGGAGGCUCUCAAUACGAUCCUAGCCUUUCAAAUAUGCUCUCAGCCAGGUCUUCCAUUGCAGAACCACUAUUAGUCAAUGACACGGACAGGAUGUCUUUCUUUGACACAAACGUGAGGAACCCAACUCAAUCUUAUCUCACUCUGCAGCUUUCAAACCAGCACCAGCUACAGCUACAGCAACAGCAGCUUCAAAACUCUCAUUUCGACACAACUGCUGGUACUUCGUGGUCGGAAAAUUAUGUUGAUGAUGUUGGUAGUCCUAUGGAGUCUAUUUCAACUUCGAAUUCGGGAACGACACCAAAUGUCAAUCGGUUAGUAUCUCUGCCCAAAAAAAAGACAAAGAUGAAGAAAAUGAAAAAGAAGAUAGAGUCUAAUGCAUUCAGCGGAAACUCUCCAUCUACGGGCAACAAUGGAAAAGGGGUGAAUGUACUGGAAAAUAGAACUGGGACACCAGUGACAUCUGGGGCAACUUCUAGAGGGAACCCAAAGAGUUCAAAUCAGAACUUGAAUUCAACUAAUAUUGAAUGUGCAAAUUGUUUUACAAAGACAACGCCUUUGUGGCGGAGGAAUCCUCAAGGUGAGCCGCUCUGUAAUGCAUGUGGUCUAUUUUUGAAACUUCAUGGAACUGUUCGGCCCUUGAGUUUAAAAACAGAUGUUAUCAAAAAACGACAGCGUGGACAGGGCACUGGUUCUGGUACAAAAAAGACUCCUCAGCAGAGCUCGGGGUUGUCGCAGAGCCUUAACACGAUCACUUCCAAAUCUGAUAGAGAUGGAGAUGACUUGAACCCCAAGCCUCUCAAUAAAAGCAGACAAAACUCUGCAGACAAAGCCGGUGCAUAUAAGAAAAAGGAGGUGAAGCCUUACGAUUCAGAAAUGGGUGAGUCAAUCACAGUUAAAUCAGAAGAAACUCUUAUCCCGAUUAAUGAACUGGACAAGGAAAGCGAAUGGUACUCAAUACCACAAAACAGCCUAAAAAUGGAUGUCGAGGAACACGAGGAGAAUAAAGGCCAAUGGGAUUGGCUAAUUAUGAAUAUCUAAUUGAUAUAAAAGCAUAGAUGCGGCUGUUAGAUUUUGUUUAAUAUAAAGAUUAUAGACUGCGUAUAAUUUCAAUUAUGUCCUCCGCC